CCCAGGUUAUACCACAUUGCUCGAUCCGCGUGCACCUUGUUUUCUAAGUUGUAUUAUCUAUUUUUUUCUUCCGUAAUACCAUCAGAACACUAAUGAGGAUGUAGCUUUUUUUUAUAUCGAUGUGAAAUUCACUUGGUGCCAAAAGUACAAAACUGCGAACUUUUCCGAGCUUUAUAAAAUUUUUAAACUAAGUACACGUCUAUCUAAUUGUUAUUGUGCAUUAUUAAAAAUUAACUCGAGAAGCUGUUUUACAUGGAAACAUAAAAGUCGAAGAGUACAUUAAGUAUUAUGAAAAGUGCCGAAAAUUUGAAACAAAAUCUAGAUUAAGAGGAAGGAAAAGCUACUGCUGCUGCUGCUACUACUACUACGACUACUACUACUACUACUACUACUACUACUACUACUACUACUACUACUACUACUACUUUUUCGCACAACCCACAACUUCAGACUACAGCAGCCAAUGCAGACAAUGACUUUCAAUGUAUAAACAUGUUCAAAGUACUGUAAAAUUAUGCACACAUCCAACGUUAAAAAUAAUUCAAAAUCCUUUCUAUCAACAUCUAAAUAAAGUCAAAACCACAAUUAUCUCAGUAUGCUCAGUCCGAAGAUGCAAAGAACUGUUAGAGUUAAUGACUCUCAACUGGUGAUGCUUUCUGAAAGGGCGCAUUACGAUCACUCGCUGUCGGGUUAUUUGCAUAAGCGAAAUGCCGAUUCGACGAAAUGGCAAUUGCGCUGGUUUGUUCUGUAUCAGAAUAUUCUAUUUUACUACGAAACUGAAACGAGCUCGCGACCGAGUGGUGUUAUAUUAUUGGAAGGAUGUUACUGCGAACGCCUGAUAUCAGCAAAAGGAAAAGACUUGGAAAAACAAAUAUGUUUCGCCAUAUCGUAUAGAAGAGAAAAUCAAAGACAAUAUGAGUUGAAAUCUGCAACUGAAACAGAUUGCAAGAUGUGGAUUGAUGCAAUACGUGAAGCUAGCUUUAAUAAACUCUUACUGCAAAAAGAAGAACUCGAACAAAAGCAUCUGCACUUACUGCAAAUCGUCGAAAGUGAAAAAACAGCUAAAUGGCAGUAUACUCAAAAUUGUGAAGAGCUCACGUCUGAACUUAAAAAACUACGAGCAGAGUUAUGCGCUCUGAAAAAAGAAUUACGUCCAAAUUCUUCAAGUACUUACAGUUGUUCUGGACGCAAUGUUUUUCAAAGAACGUUAUCCCAAUCGAUGAAUACUAGUGGAAAUGCCGGUUCUUUCAAUUCAAGCAGUAAUACAGAAACCGUGCCUGAAGAAGCGACUAAUUUUACGGGAUUCAAAGAUUUAUCAGAUUCUAGCAACGAGAUGCAAAAAAUUAAAAAAGUUCAAAGUUUUUUUCGAGGUUGGUUGUGCAGACGUCGUUGGAAACAAAUCGUUGAACAAUAUAUUAAAAGUCCACACGCCGAGAGUAUGAGAAAACGGAAUAGUCUGGUUUUUCAAAUGGUCGAAGCCGAGGAAGAGUAUACCGAACAAAUGGAAAUUCUUGUUAGCUGUUUUUUAAGACCCUUUAAAAUGGCAGCGAGCUCCAAGAAACCUCCCUGUAGUCACGAAGAUGUCAACAGUAUUUUUUUGAACAGUGAAACAGUACUAUUUUUACAUCAGAUAUUUUUAAAGGGCUUAACGUCUCGUAUGGAAAGUUGGCCAACACUAGUUUUGGGUGAUUUGUUUGAUAUGUUACUACCAAUGUUGUCCAUUUAUCAAGAAUAUGUUAGAAAUCACCACUACAGUUUACAAGUUCUUACGGAAUGUAAACAAUCCUCGCCCUCGUUCGCAGCUCUUUUAAGUCGCUUAGAGAAUAAAACAUCGUGCCAUGGGAGAUCGCUAGAAACUUUUUUAACUUACCCAAUGCACCAGAUACCUAGAUAUAUCAUAACUCUACAUGAACUUUUGGCCCAUACUCCGCACGAUCAUGUUGAGCGAAAAAGCCUACAAAAUGCUCGUCAACAACUUGAAGAUUUAUCUAGACAAAUGCAUGAUGAGGUGAGCGAAACAGAAAAUUUAAGAAAAAAUUUAGCCGUAGAAAGGAUGAUCAUUGAAGGCUGUGAUAUUUUACUUGACGUUAAUCAAGUUUUUGUUAGACAAGGUGCAUUGAUUCAAAUUUUGGGAAAGUCCAGGGGUGCUCGAAGUAGAUUGAGCUCGCAUUUCGGUGGUAAAAGUAGUGGGGACAAAGAAGCUUUACGACAGUGUUUCUUGUUCUCAAAUCAUUUAUUGCUUACAAAUCGUCAAGACGACGAUGGCAGGCUCAGUCUUGUUGCAAAAAUCGGCAAAAUACCACUUUCCGAUGCAAUUUUGGUUGAAGAUCCCGGUGAAAACAAUUUCACCGACGAAGAUGCUCUAUCAUUAUGCUCGGUUUCGAGCGGAGUCAGUGAAACCAGUGGCACGGGAAAUGCUUCCGGAAACAUCGGUACUCCGAUACACAAUCGCGAUUUCAAAAUCAUUUUCGAUGGUAAAACUGGCGAAAAUCCCAUUAUAAUCCAUUUGGUUGCACCUACUAUGCAGGAAAAAGCAGCAUGGAUCAGUGACAUUAGUCAAUGCAUGGACAAUGUUCACUUUAAUGAUUUACUCCGUAGUUCAUUGUCCGAUACAAGCUCAGUGACAAUGCCCCAAUCGAUAAGAAACGAUCCGAAACUUUUCAAAGAUGACGUUGACAUUCGCUUCAGUCGUACUCUCAAUUCGUGCAAAGUUCCACAAAUUCGUUACGCCACACCAGAAAGAUUACUACAAAGACUCACCGAUUUACGGUUUUUGAGCAUCGAUUUUUUGAAUACUUUUCUUUUGACGUACAGAGUUUUCACCGAUGGAGUUGCUGUUUUAGAGGCAUUGAAGAGAGUUUUUUACGAUGCCGAACCACCGGAUGCUCAAGCUCCCAGGGGAUCGAUGAUCUCUUUGGAUACUGCCGAAGUGAAUACAACCGAUGCAAACUUGCUCGACGAUCGAAGAGAAAGUAAUUUGUCUCCGCGACGUACGAGUGGCGCGAGUUCGGUUUCAGGUUACGGAUCCGAAAUAAGCGAGAGUCGCGAAACUGGAGCGUAUAGUUCUGCGAAUGAAGCCAUUCUGCACAAUUCGAAUGCAAAAAGUCAUUUACGAUUGGGUGGCAAAAAAUAUGAUGAUCAGCAUCUUAGUUUGAUAACGGAAACUUCUGCGGCAGCCGAAAGCGUCGAUGACUUACAAAAUACAUCAUUUUCCAAAAAAGCUCGUGAUCAACGAACUAGUACGGGAGUCAAAGUUCAAGGGAACUCAAGCGACGACGGUUAUCACUUGACUAUCCCAAAAAUGAUAGCUGUUUCAUCGAGUUCGGAAACAUUGACAGAAACGACUCUGAUUAGUGCUCCAUCAUCGCCUAGUAAUCUCAGUUCCGUUACUCUUGUUGGUUCGACUGGCUCUGGUUCCGGUUCCGAAUCUGAAAAGAGCCCCGUCAACCUUAAAGAAGGUUUGAAUGACAGUUUAAUAUCAUCGGAUGCAAAAGAUAGUUUCGCAUCCACUUCUGGAAAGAGUACGCAAGAAACUCAUUUUGAAGCUGGAAACGUUCAUCAGUCUCCAUCCAAAUUAGUGAGCUCCGAUGCUGUUAAAAAUUCUCCUUGCAAAAUUCCCCGGGGUAAAAUAUUAGCCGAUAGCGGAGACAACAAUGCGCCGAGCGAAAGAGUGACAUCGACUGCCGAUACUUUCACCACAAAUUAUUUUAAAAAUCAAAUCGGUCAGCCAUCAGGAUCGGAUCAUCGAGCGUCCAUUGUUUCAGCCCCGAUGUUAUCGUUCAGAAGUGGAUCGAUGUCUACGAUUGCAUCGCAUUGCAACGGUUGGUUGCAGAACUUUUUAAUGGGACGGAGAUCGUUUCAAGAUAACGAGGCCAAUAUCGCGGUACCGCAAAGUUUACAGCAAUCCUCCAGUAAAGCAGGGGUAGUCAUUACAAGCUUUCGACAAAGCGGACGGAGAAGUAGCACGUCUACGGCCGCGACUGCAUUCGCCAUAGCUACAUCUGCCUCAAGUAAUCCUCCGGAUAAAACGUGCGGCAAUAGCGCGUCCAAUAAUCGAGCGUCGUACAGAGAUAAGAACAAGCGAAAGGAGUCGGUUAUGUCCACGGCAGCGACUAUGCGCGUCCUAAACGUUUUGAGACACUGGAUAUCGAAACACGCCCAAGAUUUCGAAAUAGAUGGGAAGUUGAAGAAACUGACGAUCGAAUUUUUAGAGGAUAUAAUUUACAGCCCGAAUCUUCUGCCUGCCGAACACAAGGCAGCUAAUCAAUUGUUACGAUUGAUUACAAAAGAAGAACCCGACCGUAAAAAUGUAGAUUUGAAACAAUUACUCAUGCCUCCACAGGUCCCAACAAAAGAAAGUAUUGAAACAUUAUCUGCGCUAGAAAUAGCUGAGCAAAUCACUUAUUUAGACUAUCAAAUUUUUAAUUCUAUUAGGAGCGAAGAGUUUUUGGGCCAAGCAUGGAUGAAAGCAGACAAAGCCAUAAGAGCACCCCACAUAACACUGAUGACUAAGCGAUUCAAUGAAGUAUCGCAGUUGGUGGUAUCGGAAAUCAUUCGCAAAUCAAAUAUGCAAGCUCGUGUGGCUGCGAUUGAAAAGUGGACAGCUGUGGCUGAUAUAAGUCGAGUUUUGCACAAUUACAACGGCGUAUUACAAAUAUGCGCUGCUUUUACAAAUAGCAGCGUUUACCGAUUGAAAAAGACGUGGGACAAAGUGUCAAAAACGACGAAGCAAAAUAUUGAAAGACUACAAAAUAUAGUAUCAUCAGAACAUAGAUUUCGAAAUUUGAGGGAUGCCUUACACAGAUGUGAUCCUCCAUGUAUACCUUAUCUGGGUCUGUAUCUAACUGAUCUUUCAUUUAUCGAGGAAGGAACACCUAAUUUCACCGCCGAUGGUCUAUUAAAUUUUUCAAAAAUGCGAAUGAUUGCCCACGUAAUACGUGAAAUUCGUCAUUUUCAACAAACACCGUACAAAAUUGAAUUAAUUACCAAAGUGACAAAUUACUUAUUGGACACAAGCUUAUUAUUAGACGAAGAUGACUUAUAUCGAAUGUCAUUAGAAAUAGAACCGAGGUCUUUGAGAUUGAACAGCACUACUCUGACGGUUCUUCCUACAAGUUUUAAUAAAGUUGCAAAAUAAAAUACACGAAAUUAAGAAGUUUCUGAACAUUAUCAUGAUAGACUCUGGUUGUCAGUAUUAAAAGAAAAAAAGAAAAAAAGAAAGGAUCUAAGGCAUUAGCUAAUGAUCUUACAAUAGAGUUAACUUGAAUUCAACAUACGUAUAACUUAAUGUUAUCUAUUUUUAUUAUUAAUAAUUAAUUUUACAAGAAACAUUUUCCUUCGAAUUCUCUAAAUUGUUGAAAAUGAAGACACUACUACAAUUUUCUAAGAACAUUCCAAACUAAGACUGCCUAUUUAAAUAUAAUAUGAAAUCAUAUCCGAAAAUAUCGCAUUGUUUUAAGUGACUAUUAUAUAGUUAAAUAAGAUUUCCAAAAAUUAUUCUUGAUAAUAUUUGGUCGUUAAUAUACAUUGUUUAUACACUGUAAAUAUUUUAGAACACUUGUAAAAUCUGAAAAAAAUAUCUACAAAUUGAGAAGAGGCUGCACCUGGAGCAAAUAUGAAAAUGUUUAAGUUAAUUUUUACGACUUCUAUUGACUAUUUUCCUAAAUGGCUCUGUGACUUUGUUGAUAUAUUUUCAAUGAAGUGUACCACAGAUUCACUUGAAAAAAUAUUUCGUAGAAGUUGCAAAAAACUAAUCUAAAUAUUUUUUAUUUUGCCUCAGCUUUCGUCCUACUUAAAAAUUUAGAAUGAAAAUCAAUUUUCCAUGCGUUCAAUUUCAUCUAUGAUAAAAUGCUAUUGAAAAUUGUUAUAGUUAUCUACUUGGGUGAAAUGAAGUUUAUAUUAUACUAUAAAUUAAUAUACAAAAUGUUGAACUUGAUAAUUUUGUUCCUUGUAAAUUUAUAAAAUUUUAAAUGUAGAAUAUGGAAAGUUAUUCAGAAUAUCUGAACGUUAUAAAGAUAAAAAACAAACGCACAGGGUUAAAUUUAGUUAUAAUUAUUUUUUGAGCUGUUUUUAUGAAGAAAAUUC